CAACGUACGAUACAAACUGAACUUACAUGGAAGCACUGAUGCUUAUGAACAUUGUUACAUGGAAGCACCGAUGCUUAUGAACAUUGUAAAAUGAUGAUACAAAUGAGCGUUAUUGGAAGUGGUUAUUUUACCCUGUAAUUAUAACCGACUCUGUGAUAUGCAUUGAUGAAAAUUUACGUGUGGAUGUAUAUGUGCACUGUAAAUACGUAUUGCUGGUUUGGGGUAGGUUUGUUGCCGCAGCAGAGUGGAGGGUAGAGGAAGAGAUGUAUGUUAGGAUAUAAAAAAAAGAAGGUUUGGGACAGUGUCUCACAUUUCCUCCAUGUUUGGUCGUCCCAUAAAUACUCGAGACUGUGACCCGUUGGGUUGCAGCUCAUCUCUUGCUGUCGUUUUUUUUUUCUUCUUUCUUUCUUCCUGUUUUGUUUAUGUUUAUAGUUUCUCCAAUCUUACAUUUUUAACAAAAUAAAUACGAGAGAAACCACCCUUAACUGAUAAGACGCGUUCCGGUGCGAAAUAGAAGAGUUCUUGUAAGAAACUUUGAAGUUAAACGUGCUCAGUGUGGAGCACUUCAAAGAUGGGUGACCUUUAUAGGAAGUCACCCUGAUAUGCACUCGCCUCGAGUCAAAAAUCGUCAGAGUCUAGACCCAAAGCGGACAAUAUCUUUCUUUUGGAAAAAAUGUUCAGGAUGUUAUAAAAUUCUUUGUGGUUCAUCAAUCACACCACCGCAAUCAAAAAGUUGUUUAAGCUCACCACUAGUACUUGAUGAGUAUUUCACUCGGCAGUGCUUGCUUUCGAAGCAAGUAAAUAGGAUUAAACAUCAGUUCCUCGUGGAACUGUGCCGAAGAUUCGAAAAGUGUAACGGGAAAAAUAAUCUAUCGUCGGGGCAAAAUAUACAAGGAAGCUUAACGACCCUCGUUUCUACAGGAUAUAUUCGUUCGAUAUCUUAGGUCUCGCUUGUCAUUGUACCCCCGCAACACCAUCGAAGGGCAAAUAUUUGUGUCCAAAAACAAAUAGCAAAUAUUGGUGGUGACAAUAUUUGAAGGAAAGGGAGAAGGUAAAAGACGAGGCCACAACCAAAAGAGGAAUGUGAAGGCAUGAGACAUGAGAUAGAUGCUGUGUGGCUCGUGAGCCCAGUCGGGGACCAACAAAAGGAAGAAGAAAGAAAGGAAGAGAGACAUGGGAGAACAAAAAAAGCAAGCAAGCAAUCCAUGGAAAUGUUCACAAAAAAGAAAUCACCCUCUGACUUUUGUUCUCUUCCCCUCUUGCUAAAACUAAAGCCUCUCUCUCUCUAUAUCUCUAUCUCUCUCCAUAUUUAUAGCAAAAUUAAUAAAGAGGUAAGGCUAGCAGACUGACUCACCAAUCACCAUGGAUGCCAGAUCAACAUUUUCUGCAGACAAUUCCUUCUAAGAAAAAGAGAACUCCAAGAAAUUAUUUUUGUGUGUGUGGGUAUAUAUAUAUAUAUAUAUAUAUAUAUAUAUAUAUAUAUAUAUAUAUAUAUAUAUAAGAGUUGGUAUUGCAGGACUUGCUCAUCACACAACAAAGUCCAAGGCCUAAGACUUGAACAGCAGAGGGAGUAAAGAAAAGAUAAAGGUACUACUAGUACUACUGCAUAUAGAGUGGAGUUGUAUAUAAUGUGAAGUGUGAAACUGAAAGAGAUCAUCAUCAUUCAUCAGAAGUAGUGGGCAGGAGGAGGAGGAGGAGAAGAAAUGGGAAGACCACCUUGCUGUGACAAAGUUGGGAUCAAGAAAGGUCCAUGGACACCUGAAGAAGACAUCAUCCUCGUCUCCUACAUCCAAGAACAUGGCCCUGGCAACUGGAGAUCAGUUCCCACCAACACUGGGUUGCUGCGAUGCAGCAAAAGUUGCAGGCUGAGAUGGACAAACUACUUGAGGCCAGGGAUCAGGAGGGGCAACUUCACAUCUCAUGAAGAAGGGAUGAUUGUUCACUUGCAGGCUUUAUUGGGUAACAAAUGGGCAGCCAUAGCUUCAUAUCUUCCACAGAGAACAGACAAUGACAUCAAGAACUACUGGAACACCCACUUGAAGAAGAAGCUCAAGAACAAACUGCAGUCACCCUCGCCAUCGCCAUCUUCAGCUCCAUCCAGCGAGGUACAGCAUGUGGAUUCAUCAUCAUUCAUGAGUUUCAACACAAUUACACCAACAGCAACCACCACAGCUCCACUGCCAUCAGCAGUAGCCACCUCAUCUUCCUCCACCACCACCACCACCACCACGACCAGCUACGCUUCCAGCACCGAGAACAUAUCGAGGCUGCUGGAAGGGUGGAUGAAAGCCUCCAACGGAGGAGGCUCGAGGCUGGCUGCUGCUGUAGAGAGUCCUCACAAUUACCUCUCAAAGCUCAACAUCAACAACAACAACAACAGCAUGGCUGAUUUUGGAAACGGAUUCACAACUGGUGGUGAUGUUCUCACCACUGCUAAACCACCAAAGGUUGAGGUGGAUCAGCAGCAAGACAGUGAUCAUGGUGAUCAUGAUCAUGAUGAUAUGGAUCUGAUUGGCAAUGAUGAAGAGUUGGAGUCCAUGUUGGGGUUUGAGGAUUUGAAUGGUGAUCAAAGCAACCACAUCAGCAGUAGUAAUAAUAAUGAUGAUGAUGGUGAGAUGAAAGAUAAGUACAGCAGAAAAGUGGACCAUGAGAAAAUGAAGCAGCAGCAGCAGCAGGCCAAUCCUCCAUUAUCUUUCCUUGAGAAGUGGCUAGUGGAAGGAGGAGGAGAUAUGGAGAUGUCCUCCAUUUUCUGAUAUGCAUUGUUCUCUUGACCACCAUGGAAGCUAGGCCUUUUUCUUUUCACAUUUUCCUGUACUAGGUUAAUUCUGCUGGCCUGGUGUGUGGUUUGAGGGUAAAAAGCCAAGGCAACCGACGAAAGUGUAAAGGGUUUAAGAAGUUAAAAUAACAAGAAGAUAAAAAAGGGAAGUUGUGUCUCAUAAUUCAUCAUUUGAGCUCUUCAGGUUGCAAUGGCUCCCUUUUCUUAAUUGAUUUGGAUUUCAUGGGAGGUUCUGUUCAUGAGUUUAGAACUUUAGAUGGGAUAUCUCUUUGUAUGUUAUUUUUCAGAAAGAUUGUGAUUAACCUCUUUGUUUUUAUUAUCUGUCAAUGGAAUUGUGAAUGAUGAAAUAAAUCUUAGUUUUACCCACUUCAUUUGUUUUUGUUUUGUUUUGUAAUCUCUAGUCGUACAAAGGUGAAUAAAAAAAAUGCAAUUUUAUUUUUCUUUAUUGAAAUAUGUAAAAGAGAAAGGCGAAAGAGAAUCAAUUUUGUGUUAAUUUCGAACAAAAUAUUACCUACCUAUGUAAUAUUUUUGGGUCAUUCAUAUGAGUAUUUGCAAAUUUUUGUGCAUACCAAUUUACGAAAAUCAAACCCAAAUAACUUAGAGAUUUUGAUAUAGAUAUCAAAUCCACCAAUAAAUUUGUGACAAAGAACUCCAUCCAAAUUCGUCAAUAAGACAAAUCAAAACUACUGUGAUUUUUGGGUGACGUUAGGCUGCACAUCAAGUCUAUGCUUAUAUAUAUGUUUGUAGGCCUACUUAAUUUUUUUUUCUAAGGUUGAAAAUUUUACAACAAAAAAUCCAAAUCAAAAUGAGAAGCACAAAAAUAAAUAAGUGUCUUGUAGAGUCAAAUGAGUAUUAAUUAGGAGGAGCACCCACACACCUACCUUUAGCUGCUGAAAUUAAGGAAUAAUAUUAUGGGUCGGGUAGGGAGGGUACCCUACUAAAUACUAGUUUGGUCCUUAUCAAAUUUAAGACCAUAAUAAAAUUUUUAGUGGAAUGCUACUUGAAUUUUGGCUUUGAAUUGUGGAAGGAGGAAACAGGAUAGUCACUUCGCAUGGAAUGAGUUAACCUCACAUAGUAACAUAAGAAAAUGGUGAGUUUUCUUCUUCGUCGAGCCUCAAACGUGAACCAGAAGUAAGAGGAGUUCCAACUACAGCAAACGAUGCCAUUUCCACUAUGGCCAAUCCCAAUCCAGGAGGACACCCGUCUCGCUGCGAUUGACGAUUCAUUUCUAACGGUCAGGAGCGACCUUUUUUAAUGUUUUCCCUUUCACUGCAAACCUUUUACCAAUCACCUCGCAUACAUGAUAUUGCACGCUAUUUUCACCAAGAAAAACAUAUCAGACAGUGAUGUACAAUCCCUUGUAUCUACAUGGGGUUUUGAAAAGACUUUUCAGUUUUUCGACCGCUAUGCCCAGAUGAACAAAGAGUCUUCAGCAGGUGAUACUUUCGCAAAGCGAGAGGGUUCUACAGGAACGCGAGAAGAUUUUGACAAGAUUUUGAAUAGCCCAGAGUUUAUCGAGAAGCGUAGAAACCAAGACGCUGACGUCAACAAGAAAAUUCGAGAGUGGGCUAAACAAACUGUAAUUUCGCGCACAGUUAGAUUGUAAAUCGAUCGGGACUAUAAAUGAGUAAAUGAGAAGAAGGGUUGAGGUAUGUUGAAUCCUCAAACCCUAAAUUCACAAAAUGUUGCUUUGGUAUCUGAGUAUGGUUAUGAGCUCUCUACCUCUUCCUUCGCUCACCUCCUGGUCGAACCCCGUGCGGGUCAUGUCAAUUGUUUGCACGACCUAAUUAACUACCCCAUUUCGAGUAAAGUAUAACUCGAAAUGGCGUUGCUAAUAUAGUGGUAACCAAGGU